GUCAUCUACGGCCAAGGUAUAGAAAUUAAAUAUGACCUGUAUAAUCCUAACCUUAUCAGUAUAGAGUGUCUGAAGACAGAAAAGCGACUUGACUCUGAGCUGUUUUAUCUGCGAGACUGCCCUCAUGAAUAUUCCACGUUCCCCUUAAACAUGGAGAAAGUGCCGGCACCCAAAGGGAAAGAUGUUCCAGUUAAUGAUAUCAGAGUGCCAUUGAAUUCUCCCCCAUGGCUGGAGAGAUGGGAGAGAAGAAAAGAUCUGAAGGGGAUCACCGGAAAUGAUCGCAGACUGACAGCGAGACAACAGCGGAGGGCAGUUCUCUCCGAGAAACCGUGGCGGGAAAACGACAUCAUGUUAGAAUACAGACACUCCCUGAGAGAUGAUGAAGUCAUCCACAUCAAAAACAUCGUAGACAGAUUCCAGGCUCGAGAACAACAGAGGAAGGCCGAGGCUGAGAAAAACAAUGCCCCACAAACCUGAACUGUUACUUCCUUCAAAAUACAUAUAAUAAAUGAAAAAA